AUGAUUCAUCUUUUCGCCGAAGAAUUAAAUUCAAUAGUUGGUAAUGCUUUUAGAAUGGCUUAUGCGGCACAACUUCAACGUCAGCCAACUUUUCAAGAGGUAAUCGCAUCCCAACUCCAAGAUUCAUCCGGUUGGCAAAAAAACAUAUCAUCGACCAUCGAAAUGAACGUUAAAAUUCAAGAUCAUCCUCCGUCGAUUAGGUUAUCCGGGGGUAAGGAUCCCCCCAAAUCCAUACCCGGUUUGAAAGCCGUUUACGAACCCUCGUCGAAUCAAAGCACUCCGACAAGCGAAGAAAGUAAUUCUCCGACGGAUUUAAAUUCGUAUAAGAGACUCUCGGAAAAACCUCCCCUCAUAAAACGUUUAGCAUUAGGUUUAACGAAUAACGAACGAACGGAAGAUAGUCGGCCUCUAGUCACUCCCGUCAUCGGAACGACAACAUCUCCCGUUCACGGCAGACCGCUGUCGGGCGGUUACGUUAACGAAGCCGUAACCGAAACUGAAUUUAAUAAAAAAAUUUUGCAGCAGACGACAAAGCAAAUAGAUAACAACGAUGCGAACAAAUUAUUUCAAAAUUUCGAAAAUGAAAACAAAUCUAAAAGGAUAUCGCAAAUAAGUUCGAGUAGUUCCGGUUCAUGUCCACCGACGGGUACCAUACGACCACCACCACCUCCACCCGAAAGAAUCGAUAGUCUUACGGGUAAAGCCGAGGAAGGUGAAUUAAGGGCGGCUCCGUGGUUUCAAGCCGGUAUACCAAGGGAGAUAACGUUAGAAGUAUUAGGACAGGAACCGGUUGGUGCUUUCAUGGUUAGAGAAAGUACCAGCAAACCAGGAUGCUACGCGUUAUCACUUAGAGUGCCUAGAGAUUUUCAACCAUCCGGUAUAGCUCAUUAUUUGAUAAUGAGAACUAUGAAGGGUUAUAAAAUCAAGGGUUUCACAAAGGAAUUCACGACUUUGACCGCUUUGAUAACACAUCAUUCUGUCAUGCCUGAACUAUUACCGUGUCCUUUGUCUCUUAGUCGAUUCAAUGCAAGUUUUACGCAGACUGAUUCGAAUCGGGAUUUUCCCGAUACCGAUUCGGAUCCCGAUUACGACACUUUAGCUGAUUUUCGACGUAUGAUGGCUGAUUUAAACGUCUAG